UUCCAAGAAACCCUAGUUAGGGUUUUAAGGGAUGCCAUUAAGGGUGCGCAUUUAGAUCGAGUCCUUAGCCAUGGGAAUAUGCUAGACAUUUUAAUCGCAAGCACCAACAUUUUGUGUAGAUUCGGUCGGUCUCUUUCUCUCUUUUCUCUCUUUUCUCUCUCGCCUCCUCUGUCGUGUUCUUCGAUCCCUCCCCAGGGGGAGUUUUUCCAUCCGGCAUUGAUCGAGAGUUCUUUAUAGUGGAUCUUUCUUGAGGAUCACACGGAAAUCUCAUGGGAGAUGCGACAGGCGCGGUUGCCGAUCUAGGUUCCCAGGCGCUGCCGGACAGCUCGGAGCCGCGGCUCGGAUCAAUCCAGGAUGAUCCAGAUCCUGCUCCAAAGAACCACGCCGAGGGUAACGGCAAUGGAUACAAGAAAUCACUCUUCCCUGCCGCCGGCGGAGCUGGAGCUGGAGCUGGAGCUGGGGCAGCGAAAGAGAAGAGAAAUUCUCUCCUCAAAGGCUGCUCGCCUCCGGCAUCGACUCCUCGCUUGAAGGCUUCUCGAUCCAACUUCACUGUGCCGCAGCCCUUUUCUCUCACCACCGAGAAGAGAGCCACCGCCGCCGGAUCAAAGCCCACUGGCAAUGGUGUUCCCACCCCUUCAAAGAUUUCCCAGCUGGUUCCGCAGAAGAGCACGCCCAAGAAAGGAGACUUUGCUGCUCAUCUAGCGAAAACCUUCGCUGCUUCUCCGAGUCCUGAUAGUCUAGGACUCACUCCAAAGUCCAAGGCCGAGUUUGUGUUUAGAUCUGAUGAGCGUGCUCAGAAAAGAAUGGAGUUUUAUGCGAACUUAACGGAGAAAACGAGAGCAAGAGAAGCGGAACGGAACCGAAUCCAAGCCAGCACCCAGCAACAAGUGGCAGCGGAAAUAAAGAAGCUGCGCAAGGAUCAAACCUUCAAAGCUACACCAAUGCCGAAGUUCUAUCAGGAGCCACCGCCUGUGAGAAUAGACGUGAAAAAGACACCUCCGACGCGGCCAAAGUCUCCCAAGCUGGGAAGGAGGGGAUCGGGUUCGUCAAGCACUGAAGCUCCACCGAAGAUCAUUGCCCGGCGCUCGAGCGACGAAUACGACGUGAGUAAAGUUCCAGAUCAAUUUGUUUCUCCCGAGCUCACGGCCCCGGAGAACUACCCAAACGAUGCUGCCGAGGUAGGAUCGGAGCGCAGCUCUCGAAAGUCCGACGGCACUCGCGUUCCAAAAGCCGCUCUCUCGGAAGACGAGGGUCAUCUUGUUGACGCCACUCUCAUCGCCAAAGCCGCUCUCUCUGAAGACGAGGAUCAUCGCGACUCCACUCUCAUCCCCAAGGCCGCUCUCUCGGAAGACGGGGAUCAUCACGACGCUACUCUCAUUCCCAAGGCCGCUCUCUCGGCAGACGAGGAUCACCACCACCACCAGGAUCAUCAUGUAGCUCAAGACCAGGAAGUUCACGAGGUGGGCGAUCACCACCACCACUUGCUGGAGACGUCGAGGUCGAGCAACGAAUCGCCAGUGUCGGCUGUGGAAGACGAACUGGACGCUGCUUUCCAGCUCCCAGUGUCCAGCUCGCUGCUCGACGAUGGUGACGACGAUCCCCAGGAGCUGGGAAGUGAGGAUGAUGAUCCCGACGAGGAGUUUCCAAGCCCGGCGAGCGAUCACGGUGAUCGCGAGGACAAUGUAAGGGUGUUUAUCAGCGAGGAAUUCCGGCAGGCUGCUACUCGCGAGGAUGACGAUGAUGAUCGUCCAAACGAGGAGGAAGAGGAAGAAGAAGAAGAAGAAGACGAUGAAGAUGGAAGUGGAGCUAAAGUUUAUGUCAAUAUGGAUGGAAUGAGAGCCGAGAAAGAAAACGAAGGACGCCACUAAUGAAAGGAGGAAAAAUCCAUGCUUUGUUCUCUCAUUCUUUGGAGAACGCCAGCAUAGAAGAAGAAGAAAAAGCUUUGCUC